AAGUAGUACCGUACGACAACAAUUUUGCCAAAGCCGAGGCUUCAGCCUUUUGUGUCUGUGUGUUUCCUAGUUCUCCUGCCACAGCAAACCCAAAGCACCACACCACACCACACCAACCACCGAACCAAUCAAUCCAUCCAUCGACAUCGCAAAGAAAGCAUGGUAUUUCGAUCGAUCUACGAAACCCUGAGAUCCCUCGCCGACUCCCUGUGGAAGGCCCUGGGGUUCUUCGAGGGCAAGGAGGGGUCCCUCGUGGUCCUGGGCCUCGACAACGCCGGAAAGACGACCAUGCUGCACCGGCUGCGCACCGGCGGCGACGUCCGGAGYUUCCCUCCGACCGAUCGUCCCCAGCAGACGGAAACCUUCGCCACCCCAGGAGGCGUUUCCUUCCGGGCCUGGGACCUCGGUGGCCACGAGGCGGUCCGGCACCUCUGGGAGGACUACGUCUGCGAGUCGUCGGCCGUCCUCUUUCUGAUCGACGCCUCGGACACGGCACGGUUCGAGGAAGCCGGUUUCGAGCUGGACGCGCUGAUCGGAGAAAAGGUCGUGGAGGACCUGCCKGUGGCGAUCCUGCUCAACAAGUGCGACCUGGAGAACGCGGCCUCUUCCGCGGAGGUCUGCAAGCAGAUCCACUUCGACGACCUAAGGGAAAUGCAGGGGGAGGACAAGAUCGAGGUCUUUCGCAUGUCGGUGCUCCGGGGGGAGGGCUACCAGGCGGCCUUUCGGUGGGUGGCGGGGUUUUUGUAGCUUGCGCAGAUCCAUCGACCCGCGCGGUCCCAUGCGACAAGACGGGAUGCGACUCCGUGYGAUCCCGCGCCACGCCUCAAUGAACCGAUCGUGCUCCGAGCCACGAGGCCAAUGGAGGCAUGUGCCACGCCACCGGAACGAACCCAUCGGGGAUGGGCUGGCCUGGCCUGGCCCAUCAAASRCSGGUUUCCACGAAGCUGCAGAAGCGAUGCGUCCCGCAACGCUUCGAUGGCUUGGGRCGACACCAAAUGCGUGCGAAUACACUGCGAAGAUUCUGCGCACCGUUUACCAAUGCUCAGUACGAAGAUGCGAUGGAUCCUUUCUCGCGAAAUGGUUUUAGGUGCCCACGAACACUGAAAUGGACGGCAGUUCUCUUUGCGAUUGCGAUUGMGACGAAUGGAAAAGUUCCAGUCGACGCUCGAACCUUUCAGCAAGCGCUCUGCGAGCUUUGGGGAGAGCGCUCGUUCGGAUCGGACGCCAACCUUCAAACAACUACGACUGAAUACAGUGCUUUURGCACAAAGAAAUUUAUGAGCUUAAGGCCUUGGAUUCCUAUAAGAGAUAAGCAACGAUCUAUCUAUCGACAAAACCAUUUGCAUUCAGAGUUCUUAAGGAUACGACGAUUGAGAUUYUUAUCAUUUCGUGGAAUUAUGAUUUAKUAGUGCGGUGCGUUCCGAUUUCUCGGUUGUUGGCAUACUAGCUUUAUCUUCUUCUUCGACCCCAUAUCUUUUCACUUUCGUUCUUGAGCUAUGGAAGAAGGCGAUCAUUGGAUACUACCCGAUCGAUCCUCGACGAAACUUGGGAUAGAAACACGACGUUUGGAAUGCCUGGGUAAAACUACUUUCCGAAGCUAGGAGUAAUUAGUUUUAGUCUUACUGUAAUAGUGGUCGUACCGGUAUGGCUUCGAAAAAUAAAAAUACAGAUUUUUU